AUGGCAUCAAUAGCGAAACCGGGACUCGAGGACGGGAGACGUACCAAUGGCUCUCCAAAGCUGAAAGGGCGCGUGGUAGAAAACGCAAAGGAUACGCUCUGCCGCAAUGUGACGAUCUAUGGCAGGUGUCGAUAUGAGGAUAAAGGUGUGCAACUCGACCGUCUUCGUUCACUUGCAAGACAACAGACCAGCCCAGCUCAGCCCGACCCCAACUCACAAACCCUCCCCCUGAAAGCCACGAUGGAUAGCUCAUGUCUGGCCUCCAGUAGCAGUGGUGCCGGCGUCAAGCAGAAACGGUUGAAUGUUGAGUCGCCCAGUUUCACUCCCUCGACCACGCCGAACAACGGCACAGCUCCGACCUCAGCAGUCACGGCGAAGAAGCCGGCUACGCUGUCUCCAAAGGCUGCCGGUGCAGCGCCCUUUCUUCCCAAGGGGUCACUCUCACGUGCAAACUCGGGAAUAUCACAGCUACGUCAGGAGACCGGGACUCCGGAAUGGGGUUUGACGGAUGUACCUGACUUUGUGCCACAGCGGUUUGAUACUGUGGUAUGUUGCCUAUUUCAAUUCCAGCUUAUAAUCGGGACGGGGCCGUUUACUAAGGUACUAAUUGCGCAGGACUCGAUGCAGGCCACCAACAACGGUGUCCUGGCCACUGGGAAUGCAUAUGACCCCUUUGUCUCGACGACGACUCCGCUAGCCACUGCCGGAGCGGUUGUCACACACCCGCUUCAACCGAACCCUUACGCUCACGACCACACCGGCAUCGGUCCCACCUCAUAUUUCACCGCCCAAAGUACCUUUCAGCAACCAGCACAAUAUCAUCUCUAUGCCCCGAUUGGACCUCAUAACCAAAACAUUCUUGGAUAUCAGCGGAAUGUACAUGACUUAUUUAUCCCGAAUGACUUUAGAGAAGAGCUGCAAAAGAAGGCAGCCGCAACACUACAAACCCUUCCUAGUACGUUUAUAAACUGUUAUAUUUUAUUCAGAGUUUGUUUUACUGACUGCUGGUUAGACUCCCAACUACCUACUCAAAUCGACCACUUUCACUCUCUUGUGCCGCUUGACGUAACGCAUCAGAAGAAUGCUACUAUCUUCGGCUACCCUAGCUGGGUAUAUAAGGCACAGUCAAGUAAAGACGGCAACUACUAUGUGCUUCGAAGGCUGGAGGAAGAGUCCAAAGCUAACUUCUUCAAAAGGCUUCCGGUUAACAAACGAAAAGGCAAUCAGAUGCGUGCAGGCAUGGAAAAGGGUCAUCUCUGCCAGCGUGGUGACGGUGCACGAUGCCUUUACCAACCGCAGCUUCCAGGACAGCUCCCUGAUCUUCGUGACGGACUACCACCCGCUGUCCAAGACGCUGGCCGAGCAGCACCUGGAAAGCCCCACGCGGUACCAGAACCGGCACGCGAGCACGCAUGUAACAGAGCCUGUGCUCUGGGGGCCAUCCACAGCGCCGGGCUGGCCGCACGGGUGAUCGACGCCAGCAAAAUACUGCUGACGGGCAAAAAUCGCAUCCGCCUUAACGCCUGUGCCAUCCUGGACGUGGUGCAGCACGACACCCAGCGGUCCAUUGCGGACCUUCAAAGCAACGACAUGGUCAGCUUCGGCCAGCUAAUACUCACACUUGGAGCGAGCUCGUUAGCGCACAACCCUACCAAGGCGCUAGAGCACUUCUCCCGCGCCUACAGCGCACAACUGUACAACUCGGUGUUGUGGCUGCUAGGCGCCGGCCCAUCCAAGGAACCCCAAGGCCAACUCCAACCCGCCAACCAGAGCCAGAACCCCAACGCAAAUGCAAACCCGAAUGCGAACCAGGGCUCCGACCGGACCAUCGACGUGUUCAUCACCGGCAUCUCGACGCAGCUUAUCUCGACCUUUGACUCAUCCCUGCACGUCGACGACGAGCUAACGCACGAUCUUAGCCGGGAACUCGAAAACGCGCGGCUAGUCCGGCUGCUGACCAAGCUCAACUUCAUCACCGAGCGGCCCGAAUACGACCACGACCGGCACUGGUCCGAGAACGGCGAGCGGUACUUCCUGAAGCUGUUUCGGGACUACGUGUUUCACCAGGUGGACAGCCAGAAUGCACCCGUGGUCGACCUGGGCCAUGUGCUGACGUGUCUGAACAAGCUUGACGCGGGAAGCGAGGAGAAAGUGACGCUGAUCAGCCGGGACGAGCAGAGCUGUUUUGUAGUUAGCUACAAGGAGCUGAAGAAGGGCGUUGAGAUGUCCUUUCAGGCCUUGAUGAAGAGGAGAGAAGAGUGGGUGGAUGGAUGGAUGGCAGUUGGGAUAUGGCAAUUGUUUGUUUUAUAUAUAUCUGACCCGCCCGGAACCGAUCUAGCCUUUGACUCUGCUAGUGCUUAUAUCAAGAAUGAAUCAACUACAUAUCAAUACCAUUGA